GAAAAAUAUAAGAAAUAUUAUUUUAGUAAGCAUAGUCUUAAUGGUUAUCAUUGGUAUGGUUUCGUGUGAAACCCAAGCUACUGAAACAUUAAAAGAAUCUUUAAACGAAUGCUUAGAUAAAUGUAAAAACCGUCAUUUGCUUAAAGAUCCAUGUGUUAUCCGUUGCCAUACACUUCAUCCAUUCUCAGACUCCUCAGAUAGUAACUCUGCAAAUACCAUUGUUUCAUCAGUAAUCGGAAUAGUAGCUUCUUUUUCUUUAUUAUUAUUAAAUUAAAUAAAUCUUCAUUAAAUAAAAAAUUAACUCUUUUUUUUAUUU